GCCUAUAGUAACGGCCGCCAAAUAGUGGUAAACAGCGCCCGGUGGUGGGCGGUGUCGUCGGUGGCAGUCGUGCCGCGGCCGCCGGGCGGGGCACAGACUUACCGACGGAGCGCCGACGACGUACCGACGGAGCGGCCGUGACGGAGGAGCGGGCGUGUAACACAGCAGCAGCCUGGCGGACCGACGGAGACGGCACGGAGACGGCGAGAGACAGAAGACGGAAGACGGCGAGAGACGGACCGUGCCUGGUGGAGGGAGGAGUGAUCAGACGGGUGACGGAGCGGCAGUGAACUAAGGGCGACGGAAGGCAGAGCCAGUGCGCAAGGAGAAGAUGCCCUGAGAUUGAGAAGAGUGAGCAGUAGCACGGAGCAGGGUGGAAGGCUGAUCAAAGAACGCGAGGGAGCUAACGAGUGGUUAGGAAGACGUUUUGCCGCAUUGCUGCUGUGAUAGCCUAGGGCGUGAGUGUGAUUGUGAGCGUAGACAAAUAUCCUAUCACUGAGAGAGUGGAGCAUUUAGGCAGAGGACGGGUCAAGGUGGCACUCGUAAGCAGCCAGUGGACGGGUCACGGCAGCAUCCGCCCAUAACCGGUGGACGGACGGUGGGCGGCCGGUGGACGGUCAGCUGUCCCUGUGCACACCAUCUCUGUGGACGACUGGUGGCUGUCCCUGUGGACGCCCUCUCUGUGGACGACUGGAGGAAGGCGCUGCAGUCCCUAUGGGCCAGCACCGCUGCUCCGUGGCCAGCCGGUAAAUCCGUCCUCGUCGUCCUGCGCCCUGCCGACAGGCCCGUUACCGUCUCUCCGCCCUGUAGGCUGACGACGGAUGAAGGAAGGUGUCGCCCGUCGCCUGAAAUGCGUCCGUAGAUGGAGACCCAGUUCAGCUCCCGGCUACCGUCGUUCAGGGAGGGAAUGAAUUUGCUCUUUGGGCAGAGGCGUCCGCGAGUCUCAUCCCACUUCAUGGAGAAAUAUGAGAAGCUCGGCAAAAUCGGCGAGGGCUCGUACGGCGCCGUCUACAAGUGCCGAAACACGGAGACAGGCCAGCUGGUCGCCAUCAAGAAAUUCAUGGAAUCGGAGGAGGACCCGCUCAUCAGAAAGAUCGCCCUCAGAGAAAUCCGGAUGCUCAAACAAUUAAAACAUCCAAACCUGGUGAAUUUAAUAGAAGUAUUUCGACGGAAAAAGAAGCUGCACCUAGUAUUUGAAUUUUGUGAUCACACUGUACUUAGCGAAUUGGAAAAGCACCCCAAAGGCGUGCCGGAGGAGCUGACGAAGCGGAUCACGUGGCAGAUGCUGCAGGCCAUCAGCUACUGCCACGCCAAUAACUGCAUCCACAGGGACGUCAAACCCGAGAACCUGCUGCUCACCAAAAACCAGGUCCUCAAACUGUGCGACUUCGGCUUCGCCAGGAACAUGAGUCCCGGUGAGCCGUACACGGACUAUGUGGCCACGCGCUGGUACCGGGCGCCCGAGCUGCUGGUCGGCGACACUCAGUACGGGCCGCCCGUGGACGUGUGGGCCGUGGGCUGCGUGUUCGCCGAGCUCGUCAAAGGAGACGCUCUCUGGCCGGGAAAGUCGGACGUCGACCAGCUCUACCUGAUCCGGAAAACGCUUGGUGACCUGAUCUCGCGGCACAUGCAGGUGUUCAAGUCGAACGAGUUUUUCACGGGAGUCGUGCUGCCGGAGCCUCAGGAGCAGCAGAGUCUCGAGCAGAAGAUGGGAAAGUCGCUCAACAACACCGGCAUGGACUUCCUCAAGAAAUGUUUGGAGAAGGACCCGGCGAAGCGCCUGACGUGCCAACAGUUGCUCCAGCACCCGUACUUCGACGGCUUCAACUUCAAACUUCCCCAGGCUGAGGUGGAGGAGUUUGAACGGAUGAAACGAGUGAGUUCUAACGCCAGCUCGACUUCGGGCUCGAUGCUGCUGCCCAACAUCACGGGCGGCCACUCGGGCUCGCACAGCAGUCCCGAGACGCGCAGCCUGCUCUCCCGCGGCUCGUUCCAGCAUUUCCCGUCCAUCUGAGCCUCCCGACCGCCACCUACCGGCCGGAUGGGCAACUGCGGCUGACGGGCGCCGCCCGGCGGCCGACGGAGGAACUAGAGCUACGGUACCGCUCUGCCGGCCAAUGGGGAACUAAGGAGGUGGCAGCGCCUCCCUACGGACGGCGGAGGAACUAAGCCCUCCCUGAGCUGCGGUCGGCUGGAGCGGCUGGAGGGCCUACUCGCAGGUGGCGCCAUCUGCCCCUGCCAGAGGUCGGGACAUCCACCGGUCCAGCCGCAGCUAAGCCCUGCGUGACGUACCCCGUUUGUUCGCGUUUGUUGCGUUUCAUCGGUCUAUUCUAUUUUCGUAAGGGUGGGGUGGAGGUGCGCGCGGCCGCGCCUCCCGUCGUGUGUAGGCCGCGCCGGUCCGUCCUCCCGUCCGUCCGUCCGCGCACUCCGUCCGCCUGUGAACGCGCUGCGUGCGUUAACUGUGAUAUAUCGACACGGACCCGGCCGACCGGGGCCGACGUUUGCUGUGCCACCCGCCGCCGCUCGCCGGCUCAGUAUUCAGACAGGUGUUAUGGGCCGCGGACUAGUCGGGGUUUGGUUGAGGUCACUGUUUAGGAGCCGGGUCUCCCCAGUCCACAGGAGCGCUCGGUCAGUUCCCCGGGCUGUCUCAGCAGCUCGGGGGAGCUCCCGAGGCAACCAUAGCAUUUCAGUGCCGCAUCACACGGUUGCCAUGGCAACCGAGAGUUUAUGCUCGAGUUGGCAUCAACCAGGGAACUAGAAGUCAUGGCCUCGUCCCAUCGAUAAUAACCCAACUGAGCGCUCACAACUGAGAGGUGCCGGCGUCUCCUGCCAAAGAUCAAUACGGUGUUAUCAUUCUGGCACUGAGCGGGGUCUUAGGUCGCGCUGAGCAGGUCUAGUCGUCACUGCCCAGUGGCUCAGCGAACACAGGACCCCGUGUGUGCCGCCAUUACGGACGGUGAACGGAUCUUAUACAGACACAGCGCCGCCCUGCGCGAGCGUCCAAUACAAAUCUACAGUCUCCGUGUCGCUUCGUAGCUCCUGUGAUUCAGUGUUUGUGAACCGGCGUGUGUCGGGAGACGGUGGUUUUCUUCACGCCUCAGCCCCCCCCCCCAUGACGCGGUGCUACCAGAUCCGUCCAUUCUGCCGGCCGCCCGUGACGCGGUGCUACCAGAUCCGUCCAUUCUGCCGGCCGCCCGUGACGCGGUGCUACCAGAUCCGUCCAUUCAGCCGGCCGCCCAGUGACGCGGUGCUACCAGAUCCGUCCAUUCAGCCGGCCGCCCAGUGACGCGGUGCUACCAGAUCCGUCCAUUCUGCCGGCCGCCCAGUGACGCGGUGCUACCAGAUCCGUCCAUUCAGCCGGCCGCCCAGUGACGCGGUGCUACCAGAUCCGUCCAUUCUGCCGGCCGCCCAGUGACGCGGUGCUACCAGAUCCGUCCAUUCAGCCGGCCGCUAAUGUGCAGUUCAUAUGUAUUGCAACAUAUCCGUGAUCGUGUGUCCAUGAUAGGAUGUGGUGGUCAGCGCCGUUAAGACACAAUACACACUCUAUACCGGC